UUCUCCUCACAUCCUCUUGCUUAGAUUAUCAUUUAUCAAUACAGUACAUUGACUACAAGUUUCUCCACAGUUUGUUUUUCCUUUUUGAUUGUUGAUGAGAAGGUUAUGCGUUCGACAAGACAGGCAUGUAAUGUACGAUUGCACUAGAUUCAGGCAGGAGCAGAAAAUUCCACGCCGGAGAGAAGCGGAGACUUGUGACUUGUCAUCCGUUAGAACGCCGUCGUCAGUCGUCACGCCAAAGCAAGCAGCACCAUCUCUUGCCCCCUCCCCUCGGUCCGUCCCGCCACAACAAAAACAACAGCAGCGAAUCAAAGCUGCGUAGCCUACGCAUAACUAGUCUCCCAAUCCGCUCCCCACCCAACCCCGCAACCCCGCGACACGAUUCCCCACCCGACUCUCCUCCCGCCGGCGGGAUCGAUCCGGUCGAGGUUGGUUGGGGGAGAGCGAAUGGCGCGGUGAUCGGCCGGUCGGUCGGACGGCUCGAUGGCGGCGAGGCCAGGAGGAGGCGGGCGCGUGCGCUUCAACGUGGGCGGGCAGGCGUUCGAGACCACCACCACCACGCUCGCCAACGCCGGCCGCGACUCCAUGCUCGGCGCGCUGCUCGACGCCUCCUGGAACGUGCCCUGCGCCGGUGCCUCCGCCGGCGGGGAGGACGCGGCCGCCGAGUACUUCAUCGACCGCAACCCGGCGUGCUUCGCGGUGCUGCUCGACCUGCUCCGCACGGGCAGCCUCCACGUCCCGCCGCACCUCCCGGAGAAGCUGCUCUACCGGGAGGCGCUCUACUACGGCCUCCUCGACCACGUCCGCGCCGCGCGCUGGGGGACCUUCGACGGCGACCGCCUGCGCCUCGCGUCCUCCGUGCCCGGCCGCGCCCCCGGGGACGGCACGGCCGUCCGCGCCGCGCCCGACGGCGGCUGCUGCGUCGCGCACGGGGGCGCCGUGCACGUCUACAACUGGAUGCUCGACGAGCGCCGCCCCGUCUCGCUCGACCACUCGCAGGUCAACGACGUCGCCUACCUCGACGCGUCCACCCUGCUCAUCGCCGCGCGCGAGCGGCUCGGCAAGUGCGACGGCGGGAUGGCCGCCUUCUCCGCCGUCUCCGGGGACCUCCGCCACCGCUUCCGCGUCCAGCACGACCGCCAGGCCAAGUCCUUCACCGCCGGCGCGCUGGCCUUCGACAGGGACUCGAGGAUCUUCGCCAGCUGCAAGGGCCGCCUCAACGAGUACGGCAUCGGCGUCUGGGACAGCGCCACCGGCGAGCAGGCCGACUUCUUCUACGAGCCCCCCGGCUGCGCCCUGGGCGACGCCGACAGGCUCCAGUGGCUGGACGCUACCAACGCGCUCAUGGUGGCCACGCUGUUCCCCAAGACGGACAACUGUUCCAUCGGGCUGCUGGAUUUCCGGGACAAGAGCGUGGCCUGGUCGUGGUCCGACGCCGGCACGGCCGCGUCGCUGGAGGAGAAGCGCGUGCUCCACGCCAUCGCCAUGGAGGACGAGCGGUCCGUGUGCGUCAUCAACCAGUACGACGACCUCGGGUUCCUGGACCUGCGGAACAACGCCGGCGCCGUGCGGUGGAGCUCCCGGAGCAAGCUGAUGAACCGGAAGGCGCCCGGCGAGGAGAGCUGCUACCCGAAGCUGGCGACGCACGGCGGGCAGCUCUUCUCGUCGAUGAACGACAGCAUCUCCGUGUUCAGCGGCCCCGAGCACGUGCUGACAUCGACGCUGAGGCGGAGCUACGGCGGCGCCAUCUGCGACUUCUCCAUCGGAGGCGACCGCCUCUUCGCCCUGCACAACGAGGAGAACGUGUUCGACGUCUGGGAGACGCCGCCGCCGCCGAUCAUCUGACCGCCAGCCUGCUCUGCGUUGGUCUGCUCAGCUCGCGGUGACUUCAGUCGUACUGUACUACACUUGUUGUGCUCACUCAACAGAAGAAAAGAGAUACUACUACAGUAGUAUUCAGAAGGAAUGGUUACACCUAACUGAUGAUGAUGGCUACUCAUCACAGUACACUGUAGCUUCUAUAAAUCUUAACUGGAGCACUAGAGUGUACGCAAGCUUUGGUUUCUAACCCGGAAAAGAGAAAAUUUCGACUAAGUACGUACGGGGCAUCAUCCUUUUACGCAUGCCAUCCUUCUAAUUCUUUUCAUUGGAGCAUCUGUUGUCGGCAUCAGGCGUUGCCCUGUCAAAAUCAUCGCAAGGUUGAUUCUCAGCAAAGUAUGUUCUGUGAAUGCUAAAGGA